CCAUCCAUGUUCCAUCCCAUAGAGUGAGUUCAUUCUGAAGAUGCUGCCUCCAAAAUCGCUUUUUAUGGGUGUUUCCAUUUUCCUUGGGACUCAGCAAAUAGGAGCUCAAGAACUUACUGUAGCCUUCAGUCUUAUAUGUUGUGACUAGUCUGUUUUAGGUUUUCUUAAUGUGCCUGUUACUAUGGUAUCUGUACAAGGUGGAACUAUUUUUUAUCUUAAUUCUGGGUUCUUUAAUAUUAUUUUUCACUUUCUCCCCCCUCCCCCCCGAGAGUAGAUGAAAAAGCGGGGUUUAAUACCCACAGACGCCACAUACACAGCCCUGUUCAAUGCCUGUGCUGAGUCACCAUGGAAAGAUUCGGGCCUGCAGAGCGCACUCAAACUACGGCAAGAACUAAAGAGCAAAAAUGAGGAGCUGAAUCUAAUAACAUAUCAUGCUCUGCUGAAAGCAUGUGCCAUCUGCUCAGAUCUCAGGACAUGCUUUGACAUACUGAGGGAAAUUGUGCAUAAAGGACAUGCUGUCACAAAAGAGACAUUCAGCUUCCUUCUCAUGGGCUGCAUAAAGGACAAGGAGAGUGGUCUCAGAUAUGCCUUGCAGGUUUGGCAACAAUUGACUAAACUGGGAAUAAAACCUGAUGAUUACCUUUACAAUCUGAUGCUCCACGCUGCAAGGGAUUGUGGAAUAGGGGACCCUGUUGUUGCUUCUGACUUGUUGCAAAGAAGCACAAAGGAAAACCAAACUCAAAUAAAGCUCAUAUCAGAUAGCCAGGGUAAAAAGGUAAAAGGUCAGAAAAAGAAAGGAGCAGACAGUGGAAUUGCUACCCAGUUGGAUGUAGAAUCCAUGGAAAAACAAAUAUUUCAUGAAAAUUCCAGAAAAGCAGAGGAACUCUUAAUCAACCAUGAAGACAGAGAUGUGCAUGAGCUUCAGGCUGAACCAAGAAAUGGAUUGGGUGGUCCCACUAGUAAGACAGAAUGCAGUGGGACUGGAGACUUCAGUAGAUACCAGGCUGUUUCAGAUCUGCCACAAACAAACCAAGAUCAGUUUUUUGAGCCUGCUUGUAACCUGCCCAAUUUGUUGGACUUGAAAAUUUCCAAUAAGAAUUUGGUAUCCUUGGGGACGGUAGCAACGCCCUCUCAUAGGUUGGCUUUGAUGGGGAAUAUGGAGGGUUUUUUGAAUAAAAUGAAAGAGGAUAAUGUGGCACCCAACAUUAAGACUUUCACACUGUUGGCUGAGCUGGUUGAACCUUUAAGCCAGUCAGAAUCCUCUCUAUUGACAGUCCUGGAUGAACAUAAAGUGAAAGCAGAUGUUACCUUUUUUAAUACUUUGUUGAGAAAGAAGAGUAAACUGGGAGACUUAGAAGGUGCAAAGAGCAUGCUGACAGCUCUAGUGAAGAGGGGACUAUCACCCAACAUACAGACAUUUUGUAACUUGGCAAUAGCCUGCCGCAGAGAGAAAGAUGGACUGCAGUUACUUUUGGACAUGAAGAAGUCUGGGAUUACUCCUAAUACCCACAUCUACAGCACUCUUAUCAAUGCAGCUGUGAAGCAAUUGGACUAUACGUACCUCACAGAAAUCCUGAGAGACAUGAGAAAAAAUGAGGUCCCCCCAAAUGAAGUUGUCAUACGCCAGCUGGAGUUUGCAGCUCAGUAUCCACCGCAGUUUGACAGGUAUAAGUCAAAGAACACGUAUCUGGAGAAGAUUGAUGGGUUCCGAGGCUAUUAUUUCCGCUGGCUAAAAGCAAUGUUAGCAGAGGAGACUCCACACCCAUGGGCAAAAUACCGAACUAAGGAUUCAGCAGCCAAGGGCAGUGCAAAGGACAUUCAGUCCCAAGGCACCAUGGAACAAUAACUGUUGAGAGCAAAUCAGAAUUUUCCAUGUGUGGAAUAUGCAGUACUUCAGAUGUUGGAACUAUCAACAGGAAUUUGGAACGCUGGUUUCCUUCAGCUGCCUUAUAAGUGGCAUCACUGUACUUACAUGUUUUGACUAUUUAAUAAAAGUACGGUCUCAACUGAAAGGAGAAAUAAGAACUAAAAA